GUUUAAGACUAAUUCUUACUGGCAAAAACUACGUGAACCUCAAAAAAAUCGUUGAAGACAGAUCUUCAGAACAGGAAUUGGUACGAUAGAACUUCCUGUACGUCAUCAAGGAGCGCCAAAAGUCCGUCGUGUGGUGUGUCCUCUCCUUUCUCUGUUGCUGACAUUUUCAUUUAAAAAUGAAAGCGUAAGAUAUUCAACACGGAACACAAUAUUCCAUCCGGAGUUUUCAGAUAAGGAGAGAGUUUAUAACCAGGAGCUAGGGGAUGGCUUUCCUCGGGAGCCUGAGACCGGUCGUGUCAUCUCUGCUGCAAGUGCCACAGUCUCUCUCCCCAUGGUCUCAGCCUGUCCUCUCCAGAGCCAUGGCCACACUAAACCAGAUGCACCGCCGUGGCAAACCCCCUCCCCCCCCUCCCCGCAUCGGCGCCACGUUCGGCCGCCCCCAGCUCAAGGCGGUGGUGCUGAAGACCAUGAUCCGCAAGCCUAAGAAGCCGAACUCCGCCAACCGCAAAUGCGCCCGGGUGCGCCUCUCCAACGGCAAGGAGGCAGUGUGCUUCAUUCCUGGGGAGGGACACAACCUGCAGGAGCACAACGUGGUGCUGGUGGAAGGGGGCCGCACACAGGACCUGCCCGGGGUCAAGCUCACCGUUGUCAGGGGCAAAUAUGAUUGUGCUCACGUCGUGAAGAAGAAGCAGUGACCACCCAGGGGUGAGGGGAGGAAGCUCACUGACCGCCCUGGGGCAAGGGGAGGAUGGGCGAUGACUGACCGCCCAGGGGUGGGGGCAGGGGGCCUGGUGACCCCUCUUUGCGGUAUACCUGAGCUCCCAUCCCUUACUUGCAGGGCUUUGGAUAUUGUCUUGAAUCCAAGAGAUGCACACACACACAUACUCAUGCAG